AAAACACUGUCAGUGAUUCCACUGCCCCACUGCCCCAAGCCUCUCCAACCAUGCCUAUAUAUGCUUGCCUUUUCUCUCUAAAAUCCGUAUCUCUUCUUGCUCUUUACUUUUCCAAUACAUUAGCUUGAAACACUUGAGAGACAGAGCUUUGAGGCGAACUGAAGAGAUGGCCAAAGAGAUGCAGAAGACUAGCAUGUUCAUUGAGAGAAACCCUGGGGAUUAUGAGAAUGGGGAUAUCUGCAAGAACUUGGAUGAUGAUGGUCGACCCAAAAGAACCGGUAUUUAUUUAUUUUCUUCCCCUCAAAAUGCUUAUUUUUAUGCAUGGUCAUUUUUUUUCUUUCAAUACGCUUGUUCUUGCUUUGGGAUGGUUUUUUUUUUUUUUACUUGAAGGGACUUGGGUUACUGCAAGUGCUCAUAUUAUCACUGCUGUGAUUGGUUCUGGAGUGCUAUCUCUUGCAUGGGCAAUUGCCCAGUUGGGUUGGGUGGUUGGACCAGCUGUUCUCAUGGCUUUCUCCUUCAUCACCUACUUCACCUCCACCCUCCUUGCUGAUUGCUAUAGAGCUCCUGAUCCUGUCCACGGAAAGCGAAACUACACCUACAUGGAUGUUGUUAGAGCUUACUUAGGAGGAAGAAAAGUCCAACUUUGUGGAUUGGCUCAAUAUGCAAAUCUUGUUGGAGUAACCAUUGGUUACACUAUCACCGCAUCCAUUAGUAUGGUGGCUGUCAAAAGGUCAAAUUGCUUCCACAAGCAUGGCCAUCACGCGAAGUGCCAAACAUCAAACAACCCUUUCAUGGUCAUCUUUGCUUGCAUCCAAAUCGUUCUCAGCCAAAUCCCAAAUUUUCACAACCUUUCAUGGCUAUCCAUUCUCGCAGCCAUCAUGUCUUUCGCUUAUUCUUCCAUUGGCCUUGGGCUUUCCAUAGCUAAAGUUGCAGGUGGUGAACCUGUAAGGACAACCUUAACUGGAGUGACAGUAGGGGUGGACGUGUCAGGAUCUGAAAAGAUUUGGAGGACAUUCCAAGCUAUUGGAGACAUUGCCUUUGCCUAUGCUUAUUCUACCGUCCUAGUUGAGAUUCAGGACACGAUCAAAUCGAGCCCACCAGAGAACAAAUCAAUGAAGAGAGCAACCACCCUAGGUGUCUCAACAACCACUUUGUUCUACGUACUUUGCGGCCUUGUAGGAUACGCAGCCUUCGGGAACGACGCACCGGGAAAUUUCCUCACCGGCUUCGGCUUCUACGAACCCUUUUGGUUGAUCGACUUCGCCAACAUCUGCAUUGCCAUCCAUCUUAUUGGUGCAUACCAGGUUUUUGCCCAACCCUUAUUCGGAUUCGUCGAAGGCUGGUGCGCCAGGCAAUGGCCUGAUAGCAAGUUCAUUACAAGAGAACACGCCGUUGACAUUCCAUGCUACGGUGUUUAUUACCUCAACUUGUUCAGGUUGGUGUGGAGGACAGCCUACGUUGUCGUGACAGCCGUGGUAGCCAUGAUUUUCCCAUUCUUCAACGAUUUCUUGGGUCUUAUCGGGGCGGGCUCGUUUUGGCCAUUAACAGUCUACUUCCCCAUAGAGAUGCACAUUGCUCAAACGAAUCUGCCCAAGUACUCCUUCAGGUGGACGUGGCUGAAAAUACUAAGCUGGGUUUGCUUGAUUGUGUCGCUCAUUGCUGCAGCCGGAUCGGUUCAGGGACUGAUUCAAAGCCUCAAGACAUAUAAGCCGUUUCAGACUCAGGAAUGAAGGCAUUAGGGAUCCUUUUGCCUACAGUGCUUUGAUUGUAUGUAAAAUAUAAGAAAUUGUGGACAACUGUAAUUUGUUUUCCCUUUGUGUUUUCCAAAUCAAAAUUCACUGCUUGUAUGUAUUUUGUGUUACCUUUCUGAAAGAGAAUGUUCAGAAAGUUGUGUUUUUACCAUAAAAAACUUGUUAAACACAA